GCUCAUAUGAAGCAGGGAACUGAGAAAGCUUCUUAUCCUAUUUUACAGGGGUACUAAACGUGUUUUUGGUUCGUUAGACUCGUAUCAGUAAGAGCUUCAGGCUCGGCUGAUAUUGAUUUGGUAUUUUUGUGCGGGAUGAGAUGUGACAGAGGUAUAUUCCAGCAUCGCUGCUGUGAGGAUGGCAGGACGGAGCGGUGGCCUUUCGGAUCGCAGCUCAAAUGCCGCUUUGUUCGCCGUCCAGACUUGGAUUGAUAUUUCAUUCAUGUGCAUCUGAAUUCAGUCUGUAUAAAGACCACGAGCGCAGUUCUUCAGCACCGCACACAGCACCGCUCCGAGUCCACGGACUGGAGUUCUUUCUGAGAUGAAUCCUCCUCAGCUCUCUGCGGUGCUGGUGCUCAUGUUGGCCCAGAUGUGCGCGUCUUCUAUUGGUUGUCCUUCUGGGUGCCGCUGCUAUAGUUUGACUGUCGAAUGUGGAUCCAUUGGGCUCAAAGAGAUCCCUCAGGGCAUCACACAUGGGACACAGACCAUCUUUCUACAGGACAAUGCUAUUGGACAGAUCCGUCAGCAGGAUCUAUCUGAUCUCGGCCAGCUGCACUACCUCUACCUGCAGAAUAACAGCAUCUCCACGCUGGAGGCCGGGGCCUUCAGAAACCUGGGCCUGCUUCUGGAGCUCGCGCUUAACGGAAACCGCAUCCACCUGAUCACAACUGAUGUGUUUCGCGGCCUGGACCACCUGCGCAUCCUCUACCUCGCAGGAAACCAGAUCACCAGAUUGGAGGACUACACCUUCCGGGGACUGCAGCGGUUGCAGGAGCUGCAUCUGCAGGAGAAUUCAGUGGAGGUGUUGGGAGAUCAAGCUCUGGUGGGUCUGUCCUCUAUGGCUCUUCUGGACCUGAGCAGGAACAACCUGAGGACCCUGAGCCCUGCUUCACUCAAACCCCUCGUCAGCCUGCAAGUGCUGAGGGUCACAGAUAACCCCUGGCGCUGCGAUUGCGCUCUACACUGGCUGCGCGGCUGGAUAAAUGAAGAGGGUCAGAGGCUAUUAAGCUCAGCAGAGCGCCGGAUGCUGUGCACCGAACCUCCGCGUCUCUCCCAUCUCAGUCUGGUCGAGGUUCCUGCAAACAGCCUUGUUUGCAUCCCACCUGUAGUGCAACUGGAGCCUAGCCACCUGACAGUUCGUUUGGGGGAGAGUUUACGCGUGUCCUGCCAGGCAUCCGGAUACCCGCAGCCACAAGUCACCUGGAGGAAAGCGUCCCACGGAAAAGCCCAGCUGUCUCCAAGAGGUCUGGUGCAAGAGGUCGGGAUGGAUGGAGACACCAAGACCGGUGGGAGGUUGGUAACGGCCAGGCCUGGUGGAAAAGGAGGGCCGGCGAGUCGUGGCCCGGUCCGAGGAGGAACCGACGAUGGGGGCGACCAGGAAAGCUUCGAUCCUGAUACAGGUAGUGGAAUGCUGUUUCUCAGUAACAUCACGGUGGCUCAUGCUGGACGCUACGAAUGCGAGGCCUGGAAUCCCGGUGGAGUGGCUUGGGUGACUUUUCACCUGUCAGUAAACGUGUCUUUGUCGUCGUCCCGCUCGGAAAUCUGGCCUCGGCUGCAUUCCUCAUCUUACUAUCAUCCUUCCUCGGUGGACGUGAGUCAGGAGCCGCUUUAUGAACAUGAAAGCAUGGACUUCAAUGCCCUGGGAACCGCGACCCAGACUGCCAUCGCUGUGGGAAUUUCUCUUUUGGCGUUGACGGCAUUGUUGCUUCUCUGCAUGAUUUACAGUCGCCACCGCCAACGGCAGAAAGAGGAGGAUGGAUAUGGUGCCAGCAAAGAGGAAAGCAUCCUCUAUGUCAAUGACUACUCAGACGGUCCCACCACGUUCGCUCAACUUGAAGAGUACCGGGACGAACGUGGCCAUGAGAUGUAUGUGUUAAACCGCGCCAGACCUGUGCUGCCUUCUCCACAGUCCUGCAACCAGCAGGGGUCGAUGCUAAAAGCCAGUGAGUGCAUGCUGUCCCCAGGACGGGCACCUGGGAUCGGACCCAGCAGGCCUCCUGCAGAAGGAGGCGAAGGACCUCCGCUUGAUCCCGAAGGGUUGUUCAUGAACCAAAGCUUGCUGUUUGACACGCAGAUCGCUUAUGAGAUCCACUGCUAAACUGGAUCCCUGAAUAGACUUAGAGGUUCUUGCCAUUGGAUGUUAUCCUGCUGGAUUUCCUUUUGUUCUCAGAGCACAAAUGUAUUUUUGGUGAAAAGCAUUGAAGGAAUAACAGACUUAAAAAGCUGCAGUGUGUAGUUUUGGUGCCACCAAAUGGAUUGGCAAAAAUGUUGUCCGAUUGGUACCCAAAGUCAUGCCAGUGGUUGAGUCAGUAUUGCUACAAAAGAAAAACUAUUUUUGAUUCCCCAAAAGAGCCUGUCAGUGAACAGUUUUAUGAAAUAAAUAUGUUUUUUCUUGGUGUGAAGAAGAUUCUGAUAAUAUAAAGAACCUUUAUUCACCAUUUUGUACGAUGGAAAGAUUUACUCUUUAAAAAAGGUACAUUUGUUGCAUAUGGUUCCAUUAAGACCCUUUAACAAUCAUUCCACAUAAAGUUUCUUUAUAGUGGAAAAAGUUUCUUUAGAUUAUUCAAAUUUUCUUCACACAAAGAAAAAAUAAACAAAUUUAAGAACUGUUAACUGAAAGUUCUUUGGGGAACCAAAAGUGUUUCUUCAAUUGCAUUCCUACAAAAACACCUUUGGGAACCUUUAUUUUUUAAGUGUGUAUAUUGUGAAGCCCAAAUGAGGAGAGAAAUAUAAAAAAUUAAAUUAAAUCAGUGUUUAUUCUUUUUGGGAAAUUAUUACGAAUGAUUACAUAUAAUCAUCUCUGGGAUUGCACACAGCAGAUUUUAGGGA